UUUUCUUUAACUUUGAAAAUGAGUGUUGUUUCCGGGGUGAUAUCAAGGCAAGUUUUGCCGGCAUGUGGUAGCCUUUGUUGCUUCUGCCCUGGUUUAAGAACAAGGUCUAGGCAGCCAGUUAAGAGGUACAAGAAGCUGAUCUCCGAUAUAUUUCCUAAUUCACUGGAUGAGGAACCAAAUGAUCGGAAGAUUGGCAAACUAUGUGAAUAUGCUGCAAGAAACCCUUUACGGAUACCUAAGAUCACAGCCACCCUUGAGCAACGCUGUUACAAGGAAUUAAGAAAUCAAAACUUUCGAGGUGCAAGAAUUGUCAUGUGUAUAUACCGAAAGCUAUUGUUUUCAUGCAAGGACCAAAUGCCCCUUUUUGCUAGUAGUUUGCUAACUAUCAUGCAUACUUUGUUGGAUGAGACACGACAAGAUGAAAUGCAAAUUAUAGGAUGCCAAACACUAUUUGACUUCGUAAAUAGUCAGAAAGAUGCGACUUAUAUGUUUAACUUGGAAAGAUUUAUCCCUAAACUUUGUCAACUAGCUCAAGAAGUUGGGGAUGAUGAGAGAGUGGAGCCACUACGUUCCGCUGGGCUGCAAGCUCUUUCUUCAAUGGUUUGGUUCAUGGGUAGAUAUUCUUAUAUGUCACCUGAGUUUGACAACAUUAUAUCCGUGGUAUUGGAAAAUUAUAGAGCUUUUGGGAAGGAUUCAAAUAAUCUCAACCAGAAUCGAUGGGUACAGGAAGUGCUUAAAGAUGAGCGUAAUAUCUCUCCAAAUGCUUUAAUGAAGGUUCCGUCAUGGAGAUCAGUUGUUAAUGAGAAGGGUGAAAUAAUAGUGACACCGGAAGAUGCUAAUAGCCCUUGCUUUUGGUCUCGUGUGUGCCUUCAUAACAUGGCUAAGUUGGCCAAAGAAGCUACAACCAUGCGGCGAAUUCUUGAAUCGUUGUUUCGUUGUUUUGAUAAUGAGAAUUUAUGGCCUUCUUCACGUGGGGUUGCAUUCCCGGUACUCAAGGACAUGCAGACCAUUAUAGAUGAAUCAGGAGAAAUUACACAUUUUCUGCUGGCUGUGUUAGUCAAGCAUCUUGAUCACAAAAAUGUCCUUAGAAAGCCUAACAUGCAGCUUGACAUUCUAGAGGUUACCACCGCACUUGCACGAGAGACAAAGAUCAGGCCAUCUUUUGCAAUAGUUGGUGCUAUAAAUGAUAUUCUCAGACAUUUGAGAAAAACAUUCCACCAUUCACUAACUGAUGCAGGCCUUGGAGAUGACGUGAUCAGUUGGAACAAAAAGUUUCAAGAAGCAGUUGAUGGGUGCCUUGUGGAGUUAUCCUCAAAGGUGGGUGAUGCUAGCCCCAUUUUUGACAUCAUGGCUUCCAUGUUGGAAAACAUCUCAAGCAUUAAAGCUAUAGCACAAACUACAGUUGCUGCUGUUUACCGUACUGCUCAAGUUAUAGCCUCAUUGCCACAUAUGGCAUACAACAAUAAGGCAUUUCCUGAAGCACUAUUUCAUCAGUUGCUUCCUGCUAUGGUUCAUCCAGACAAUGAAACUCGAAUUGGAGCUCAUCGUAUCUUCUCUGUGGUUCUUGUGCCAUCUUCUGUUUAUCCUCAACCAACUCCAGAUAUAGUCAUUGAUCUCAAAGAUAUUCCACGAUCGCUGUCAAGAAACGUUUCUGCAUUUUCUUCCUCAGCUGCCCUCUUUCAGAAGAUGAAAAGAGACAAGUCUACUUUCAUUAAAGAAAAAGCUCAUAAUGAAGGGGAACCGAAACCCAAUAAUGGUGGGGUGAUAAACAGAAUCAAGUCCACUUAUAGCCGAACAUAUAGCAUAAAAAUUCCAGUGUCUCCAGCUGGAAAAAAGGAUAAUGAGGCGGUUACACUUAGGCUCAGCACUAACCAAAUAUCCCUCCUCCUAUCCUCAAUAUGGGCACAGUCUAUCUCACCUGAUAACACACCUGAAAAUUAUGAAGCAAUUUCUCACACAUAUAGCCUGGUGUUGUUAUUUUCUCGAGGAAAGAACUCUAGUCGUGAGGCUCUAAUUCGAAGUUUCCAGCUGGCGUUUUCUUUGCUAAAUAUUUCUCUUACUGAAGGAGGCUCACUUCCACCAUCACGUCGCAGAUCUCUUUAUACAUUGGCAACCUCUAUGAUAAUCAUUUCCGGGAAAGCCUUUGGCAUUGUCCCUCUUGUUCCGCUUGCUAAGGCUGCACUUGCUAAUAAGAUUGUUGAUCCAUACUUGUGUUUGGUUGAUGAUUGUAAGUUGACUGUUGUUGCAUCUGGUUCAGAUCAUACCAAUAGUGGUUAUGGUUCUAAAGAGGACAAUAGAGCUGCCUUGAGUUCCCUUUUGGAAAUAAAGCCCACACAAGACCAGUCAGCACUGGCUGCUGCAGUUGUGAAACACUUGGAAACCGUCAUAGGGUCUGAAAUAAUCAGCAUAGAGGAGGAGUUGUUGCAUAAAUUUGUCCCUGAUGAUGUGUGCCCAAUAGGCUAUGGGUCAAUAAGUACAUUACUAAAUAAGGGUCACCAGAAAGAUGACGUAAGUGCUCUUAAAUACUAUAUGUGUGUGUGUGUGAUUUUUGAACUUCUAAUUCACUCAAUCUUCUACAUAUUUGAUGUUGAUUUUCUCCAGGUUUCUCCACUCUUUUCACUCGAUGAUGACAUGACCAAACCAAAUUCUGAAAUGGCACUUGAAAUGUCCGACCUCUUAAGUGUUGAUCAGUUGUUAGAAUCUGUUAUGGAAUCGGCACAACAAGUUGGUAGAAUGUCAGUAUGCAAUGCACACAAUAUGUCAUUCUUGGAAAUGACUAAUCACUUUGAGGAGCUUGGAGUGGGAAAGCAAACAAAAAUGUCCAAUGUCAUGGGCAUGCAACAUAAGGCUGUGUACCAAAACGUUGGAGUCCAAUCGCAGGGUGGCAAUCCUUAUAUGGAACAAAGUGCACCUGCUGCAAGUAAACCCGGCCAGGACGCAUCUUCAUUUAGGCUACCGGCAGCAAAUCCGUACGAUAACUUCUUACGAGCAGCUCGAUCUUAAUUUAUUAAAACCAUGACAUGAUUUUAUUCUUGGAUUGUAUGUUAUGAGGUUUGAGCAAUGUGAGUUGUUCUUUUCGGCUCUUUUGUUGUAAAAGUUUUUGACCUUCUUUCUUCAAGGUAAGUGUAAAUUGAGAUUGUAGCUAAUAUAAACAAGUCGUGUCUUAUCCUUUUUCA